AUGAAAACCACAACUGAAUGUGGUAAAUGUUCACACCAGCAUGCAACCAGCAUGACGGGGUUGCGCUUUCCAGCCGUUGAGCCAGAACAGCCAGCCGUUGAACCCGAGCAACCAGCAGUUGAACCCGAGCAACCAGCAGUUGAACCCGAGCAACCAGCAGUUGAACCCGAGCAACCAGCAGUUGAACCCGAGCAGCCAACAGUUGAGCCCGAGCAACCAGCAGUUGAGCCAGAACAGCCAGCAAUUGAACCCGAGCAGCCAGCAGUGGAACCCGAACAACCAGCAGUUGAACCCGAACAACCAGCUGUUGAACCCGAACAACCAGCAGUUGAACCCGAACAACCAGCAGUUGAGCCAGAUCAGCCAGCAGUUGAACCCGAGCAACCAGCAGUUGAACCCGAGCAACCAGCAGUUGAGCCAGAACAGCCAGCACCAGUAGUUGAGCCAGAACAGCCAGCAGUUAAGCCAGAACAACCAGCAGUUGAACCCGAGCAACCAGCAGUUGAACCCGAGCAACCAGCAGUUGAACCCGAGCAACCAGCAGUUGAACCCGAGCAACCAGCAGUUGAUCCAGAACAGCCAGCAGUUGAGCCCGAACAACCAGCAGUUGAGCCCGAACAACCAACAGUUGAACCCGAGCAACCAGCAGUUGAGCCCGAACAACCAGCAGUUGAGCCAGUACAGCCAGCAGUUGAACCCGAGAAACCAGCAGUUGAGCCAGAACAGCCCGCGGUAGAACCAGAACAGCCCGCAGUAGAGCCAGAACAGCCCUUAGUUGAACCCGAACAACCAGCAGUUGAACCCGAGCAACCAGCAGUUGAACCCGAGCAACCAGCAGUUAAACCCGAGCAACCAGCAGUUGAACCCGAGCAACCAGCAGUUGAACCCGAGCAACCAGCAGUUGAACCCGAGCAACCAGCAGUUGAGCCAGAACAGCCAGCACCAGCAGUUGAGCCAGAACAGCCAGCAGUUGAACCCGAGCAACCAGCAGUUGAGCCAGAACAGCCCGCAGUUAAACCCGAGCAACCAGCAGUUGAGCCACCAGUAAAACCUACUACCACGGUUGAUAAGAUCGCAAAGAUGGUAGAUGAUGUCAUCGAUAAUGCCUUGGAAGCACUUAGUGGAUUCUUGGGUCGGAUCAACCUUGGAUCGCGAAAAGUUUAA